UAGGACAGACGAAACUAAAACGAAAAUGCAAACAGUUUAACUAUGGAAGUUAAAAUUUUGACCAAUGCAACGGACAACCAAUCAUUUCGGUCAAUCUCAAGAAAACUCGCGUGCCUUCAUCUAUGUUGGCAAACAUAUCACUUCAUUUAAGAGACGACACUGCGAAUCCUUAACCAAGAAAUCAUUAUAAAGCGUAACAAAGAUGUAUCGUGCUUUUUGGGACACAAUAUUUCUUCUCACCGGCUCCCUUUUUACUUAUGGGCAGGUCCAAGAAAAUUCUACCUCAACGACAACCAUUGCAACCACCACCACAACAACUACCACCAGCAGCACAACAACCACCUCCAGCACAACCACCACAACUACUACUACACGAGUCAGAAAAUUUAUAGCAGCCGCUGUCCACUCUCACUUUGAUGACUGUCCCGACUCCCACAGCCAAUUCUGCUUCCACGGCACAUGCCGCUUUCUCAUCCUGGAAGAGACACCUGCGUGUGUGUGUCACCCUGGCUUUGUGGGUAUGCGCUGCGAACAUGCAGACCUUUUGGCAGUGGUGGCAUCUAAUCACAGGCAGCAGACCGUGGCCACCAUGCUGGUUCUGUGUGUGGUGGGCAGUGUUCUAAUCAUGCUGCUCUGCACUCUUCUAAAUUGUUGGUGGAGGCGGGGUGGUUGUGGGCGAGGUAACCCUAUUGCGUGUUGGACGGAGAAGCGUAGAAAUAUUCUGACGAGUGGAACAUCCUGCUGUCACUCAGAAACAGUGGUUUGACACAUGUUUUCUGGAGCUUACACAGAUACUCUCUUAAUAUAUUUGUUUCCUGAGACCUACGAAUAUUCCACCUUAACCCUGGACUACACCUUGCGCAUUCCUUGCACAGCUGGUAAGCGCAGCACAUAUAGAGAGCAUUUCGAUGUGGGCAAUGGGAGAACCCAACCAAAAGUGGAACUUUUAUAUUCAGACAGACUUGAGUCAUUCCAAAAAGUUUUUUUUGGAACUACAACAUCAAUGACAAGAACUAAAAAAAGAUGGAACUACAAAACUCAGAACUCUGAAAGAAGAACUCUGUAUAAGCAUGGAACUUGACUACACAACACAACUACAUGGUUGUGCCAUUUUACUCCUAAUGGAAGUGCUUCAACGGACUACAGCAUGUGAAUUCAUUCAGGAUCCAGUGAUGUAGAAACAGGCCCAUUUGAAAAAGAAAAGGCCAGGAACGGUUGAUCUUGAAGUGAAAAUAUCCGAGAGAAUUCAGGUUUUAAAGAAAACAGUCUUACUAACAGAGCUUGAACCUACUCUUUAAGAUAAUGCUCAAAACAUCUUUCUAUAUGUAUAAGACACCUCAAAAUUCUCCCAUUUUUGUCUUUUUAAUAUAUCAUAUUUAUAUUAAAAAAAACACUUAAAAUAUGCCAUUAAUGGGAUAUGAAACUCACUAAAAGAAGUUUGAGGAAUUUUAACAGGAAUAUAUUAAUCACAUUAUUUUAUCACGUCAUGGAUAAACAAUGGGAGAUUAUUCCAAGACUUUUGUUAACAUUAUUGUCUUUAAUGUCAUUUGAGUUUGUUAGGUCAGUCACACAGCACAUCUUGCCAAUUUCUUUUUGAACUUGAUCUCCUUAUAAUAACGAUAAAGAAUUGCGAUUUUCAGAGAUUAACAGCAAAAGAGAGAGACUAUGGAUGGCUUUGAGGGACAAGUAAUAUCCUUUCUAUAACACUUUUCCUGAAUGGAAUUCAUUUUUUAUAUACAUUUUUUAUCAUUCGAAAUGCACAGUACUUUUUUGAAAAAAAUACAAAUAAAUCACAUUUAUAACAUGGAACUUGAUAAGUUAUGCAAAUACUCACAAAUCCCACAAAAUCUUCAUGCACGAAAAGUCUUUGAUCACAUAAAAUGACAUUGUUGUAAGGUUUAUGUCAUUUGCUGGCUGUAAAUGAUUUGUAAAUGGAGCCUCUGUAUGUGCACUAUAUACUGUAUAGGAGCACACUUAUGCAACACAUGAUUAUAAUAUAAUCCACAUCUGCAUCUACGUAUUCACAAUGGAAAGAUUAGAUGCAAACAUGUUUGAUCACAAAUGAAUUCACAUAUGUCAAUGUGCACCUUUUGAAUACACAUGCAAAACACAGUUAAUACAAUCACGUUUAAAUAUGUAAUGUGCAAUAAUAGACUUUCAGUGAGCAAAUGCUUGCACAGGCAUGGCAUGCUGUAUUUAUGUAGAUUAUUUGCAUAAAGAUUCUUAUAAAGCACAUAUUUAAUCACUCGUGGUUCUUGAGGAAUUAAACACUUCACAGUACUUUAAAGUGCUUGAUUCACUAUUAUCAAAAUGACACCAUGCACAUAAUGUUUCACGGCCUAGGGACACGCAUGCCCAUACAGAGGCUCAAAUCUGUUGUACAAUUAAACAAGCGAUUAUAAUGGAUAUUAUAUUCAAUUUGAUGCAUAUUAUCCUUAUCGACUUACAAGUAUUAUUCAAGAUAUAUGAAAGCUUUUAAACUGAAUACUUUUUAAAUGUAUUAAGUUUAUUCUUGUUGUCUUCUCUGUCCCCAAGGAUUUUGUCAAUUAUCUCGUGUUAUAAAACAAAAGACGUUUGACCCCUUUGGAAGGUUUUUCCCAGAAUAGGGUCAAAGAUAUUUAUUAAUCAUUACAAUUUGUACAUUCUUUAACAACUAGAGUGUUGUUAAAUGAGAUGUUAGUUCCAGAAGAAAAUAUUCCACUCAAAUCAACACACUUCUUAGAAGCUGACAUAAGACUGGUCAAGGAGAGGAAAUGUAAAUAAUAUUUCAGUCUUCUUAGGUUUGGCUUUUUCCAAGUAUCAGAGCAUGCAGCCAAGUGCUUAAGUUAGAUCACUGUAUGUAGUUUCAUAAGAAUUUUAAGGAAUAAUUCCAAAAGCCCCAUAGGAGGAAGGGAAUUCAUCCAAGAGCCUAAUCAAAGAAAUAACUUCCAUGGUUGGUUAGCAUGGGCAACAUCCAAGAGUUAUAUUCUAUGUGAAUGAAACUGAAAGACUGUCUGAAUGCACAGAUUGAAAUGUAUUUUUCAAUGUUUUCUAUAAUUAUGUAUCUAUUUGGCUGAUCCUGGGAAGCCUACAUUUGAUCCUUGAUAUAAUAAUAAAAAAGGAUUGAACAUUAAUGUGAAUAAAAAUACAAUGACUAAGAAAGAAAGUGUUCACAGGAUACUUGUACAGAAAUGAAGUGUACACAGGAAAAAAAGAAAUGGAAGAAAUACUGUCAUAAUUUACUCAACCUCAUGUUGUUCCAAAAAGAGAUGUUAGGCAAAAUGUUAGCCUCAGUCACCAUUCACUUUCAUUGAAUGGAAAAAAACAUGCUAAACAUCUUUUGUCUUCCACAGAAGAAAGUAUUAUGAGGAUGAGUAAAUGAUGACAGAAUAAAACAUUUUGUGAAAAAGAUAUAAUUGAGUGUUAUAAUUAAUUUUGAUCCAAUAGUGAAAUGUGUAAUAUAAUAACGCUAACUUUUUUGUUGUUGGUCUUUACAAGAAGACUUUGGUUGUUUGAUAAAAUAGGCAUUGGAUAUUUUGGACUGAGCAGUCUUUGAACAUACAGUCAUUGCAUAAUUUCCCAACAUAGAAUUGCAGUGAUCGGUGAUGAUGAUGUCAUACUCAUAGACUAACAGAUGUUCUGUAUUGUGCUUUACACCAAAGAUGAUGCUCAGUGUUGCUUCUCUUGUGUUGUUCCAACUGAAUUCCAUUUAAUCGUGGUCACCCUAGUUAGCUGCUUAUUCAUUGACAAAACAGUGGACUGACGUGUUUCUCUUUAAAAUAUGGUCUUGUUAAACACAUGUUUGAUGUUGGAGAAAAAAAGGCUUUGUAAAUAGUGUGUGGUAAUAUUGUUUUGAUUGUAUAUGGAGAAUGAGGUGUUCUCUUGACUGUCACUGAUUAUCAGUUAAGCAUGAAAAGAUAUUGCAAUUGUGAAUUAUGUGAAUAUUAUUCCGACAUGGCUGUCACAUGCUUGAAUGUGUUCUUUAAUUUUGCAUAUUUUUUUUCCAAAUAACACAAAGUGCUGCAAAUUUUGG